GGCGUUCGCUAGUAACACUAAAACAUACUCAUCUCACAGCAUGGACGGGGACAAAUACGACGCAUGUGACGAUGUGUGGGUUUCACAAGGGAGAUCUCUAAGUAAAUGCCACGCCCGUGGUUUGAAAGUUAUGACAGUGAUCGUAGCAGUCGUAUUUGUGUUCAUCAUUGCCUGUGUCGCUGUUCUCUGUGUCGAUGUCGGUACACAGGGGCGAAACCACCAGAAACUUUCGUUUUCCAUGAAAAAUGCCGUUCAUGAUAGGAAGGGAACUGAAGAUGAAGCGCCAGAUCGGAUCAUCAUACAGAGGAGAAGGACAGGGGACGUGAACUUCACCAGAACGUGGAAAGACUACAGAGACGGCUUUGGAGAUAUAGAUGGAGAUUUCUGGUUCGGAAAUGAGAACAUUCACAAGCUGACACGAAAAGGUUACACCAGGCUUCACAUUGAGCUGACAACGUUUGACAAUGUUAGAUAUAGCAUUGAAUACGGCGACUUCCGGGUGCGAUCAGAGGCCGAGCAGUACCAACUUAUUGUGGCCAAUUUCAAACCAGGUCACCUUGCCCUUACGUUCGACUGUCUGAUUGCCCAUAAUGGUAGCAGAUUUACAACGGUUGACAGGGACAACGACAUUUCGGAACAGAACUGUGCCUCGCUUUACUUCGGUGGAUGGUGGUACUCAUCUUGCCAAGUGUGCAACUUGAAUGGACUCUACAGGAAUACGUUCUACAAAACCGGGGAUAUAAUCUGGUGCUCUAUAAACAGAUACAAGGGAAUUAAACAAACACUGAUGGCCAUACAGCAACAAUCCUGAUGAGUGAGUUGGGUUUUACGCCGCUUUUAGCAAUAUUCCCGCAAUAUCACGGCGGGGACACCAGAAAUUGGCUUCACACAAUGUACUCAUGUGGCAAUCCUGAUGUACUUGCCAACAAGGUGAUAUUAUGAUCAACAGUUAUGUCACACCAAUACAUCUGAAAAUGUUUGUGGGACUGGCUCAUCUGACACAAAAUGUGACUUUUUCGAAACGAGUUGUUGAAGCAGUGCGUUUCUCCAUUCAUAGAGGCAUGGGUAAAAGUGAAAAUAUUUUCAGCAAUUAUCAUUUAUCAGUAUAUGUUUAGCAUCAUGCUGUUUGGAUAAUUUGUUACAGUUGUUCCACUCUUUUCACUAUUUGCAAAAUAGACAUGAAAAAUCUCACCAUAUCGUCGCAAACAUUGUUUAUGACGUCAUAAGCGAUUUACAUGAGUCUUCCCAAAAAUAUAUUCAUUGAGCUUUCAAUUUCUUUAUUCAGUAUACAGGUCAACGACCCAUGUACAAAAUAAUUCAAAAUAAUCAUUAUAAAGACAGAUGGGAAUUUUUGAGAAAUAUAGCUUCCCUUAUAAACUUUGCAACAGUUAACAAAAUAUUUAUCUUAUUACAUGUUAGAAGAGUUCUAAACUUAAACAUCAUUGGUGAAUUACAAUAACAUCUAACGCACAAAAUGUACAUAUUCUAUUACAGCGGAGAAUGCCACACCGCCUACCAAUAUUAACUAUUAAAGGGAGCUCACUCAUAAACAUAAAAGUCUGCAUUCUCUUUCUGAUAAUAUUCAAUUGACAAUAGAGAUUACUAGGCGUCAUUAAUAGAGGGACAAAUGAUAUAAAGCACAUGUAAAGAAACGUUUCUCAGAAAUAAUAGAACUAAGAAUGUGAU